AUGAUAUAUAUCUUUAUAUGUAUUCUUCAUAGAGUUCAAUUCAUACUGGAUUACGAAAGAGAAACUCCGGAAGAACAUAUUGCAUCUAUCGCGGAGCAAUUAAUCGUUAAAACGUCCUACGAUGUAGAUGUUCGAAUAAAUAAUAGCGAGUACAGCAAGGAUCGACGAGAAAACAUUCAUAAGGAGUACUUUUGUCCUCUCUGCAUUACACUUUCCAAUGGAAAUUCUCAAAUACCAAAAGUUCUCGACUGUGGACAUAUAUUCUGCUGGAACUGUAUAUUUGCUACCUCAAUAGGACGAGAUCCAACAGUAGUAUGUCCAACUUGUAAUAAAAUUACGAAGAACAUCUACAAUUGCAAUGCCAAAUAUGAUUUAUGCGAAGAUAUCGAUAAUUUGGAUAUCUCUUUGGCAAACUCGAGUACUAGGGAACUCACCGAUUUCACAAAUAUAGCUUUAACCGUAGACGGAAUUUCGUUCUCGAUGCGAGAAGAUAUUCGCAAACUAGAACAUUUGAUUUUAUCUCAAAAUAAAAAAAACCGUCCUGACUAUGAGUCCGGCUUAGCCGAAAAACAGAGACUCAUUCUCAAAAUACUCAAAUCAAAAGCCUAUGUUAUGAGAAUAACUGUGGCGUCUUACUUAAUGAAUCACAAAAUGUCGCGAGCCAUGAAUCAAGCAUGCACAAAAGGAGAUAAGCCUCUGUUUGAAACAAAGAAGGACUUCUUAUCCUUACGACGCUGGGGCAUCAAAGAGAACAAGUUCAAAUAUAGAGGUGGAUUUCGAACAAUUCCCAUGUACCAUAUGUGUUCAUCUCCAUCUCAGUUAGGACACAUUCCGAACAUUUUGAAACAGUAUAUGAUACAGUUGAAAGUACUCCGAGUAAGUUCGAAAGCUGUAACGUUAUGUAGUAUAUGUAAUGAUACUGUGCAUGGAGGAACUCAUGGUUUCGUAGAGCAUUGUGUUUUACAUAAGCAUAGAGGAGUCUUAGUACACGUUGUCCGUACUGAUGAUUGGUGUGAGUUAUACCUUUUUUCAAAGCGACAAACUUUCAACGCUCAUUCUUUCGUAAGCAGAGUGGAGUUCACGGAUGAUGAAGUAGUUCCGGAUUUUUUGGAAGAAUUCAAAUCUCAAAAUGACUUGAAUGAGUCUAAAUCCCCAGCUGAUUUCUUCUUUCCACGAGGAAUUCAUUUUCGGGAAGGAGAGGCAUUGUUCAUACACAUUCCUUCUGUCUGUGAAGUUCAUCAACCAACACGCGGAAAUUUCGCACCAGAGGACAUGAUUAAACAUCCCUGUGAUAUGGAAGGCGAAUUCCGACUAGAUGCUCAUGAAGAGAGGGUUUUUUUCAAAAAAACUGAGUUGAUCAAAUGGUUUAACUUAUACUCGGAAGAAUCAGACAGCAUUGCGCAGCUGACAGCUGUUUUAGAGGGGGGUGUGUCAUACUCUAAAACCAAGAGAAUACUUCUCUGGAAAGAAGUUGCAAACUGCAUUAAUUCUAGAAUUAUAAAUGAGCAGGUCAACCUUUUUGGAGGCAUAGCCAAACAAUUCAUGUGA